AUGCCACGACCAACGCCCGCGACGCCGGCCAAGCGAGGGGCUGGCGGGGGAGCGGCCAACCCUUUCCAGAAGCUCGCAGAGAAUCAUGCAUCACGCGCAGGAAGUGUUUCUCCGUCGCAACGGACCCCAAAAUCGUCACCACGCCCUGAGCCACGCGAUCCUCACGAUGCGUUUCUGUUGCCACGCACCCUAGAGGGCACGCACCACCGUAAGCUUCGCGUUCUCUUGCAGGAAUUCCUCAAAGAAGCCACUGCAUGGGAAGAAGAACACACCCUCGAUGGCAUUCGGUGGGCCUCAGAGAUGGCACAGGCAUGGGACGAUGUGGCUACUGCGACUCUGGCCAUCCCUGGCACCGAUGCCCUAGCCGGAGAGCAGCGCCGCGCGCGCCUUGUUCCUGUCCUUAUGCAGCUAGAAGAAGCAUCGGCUCAACUUACGAAGAUGUGCACUCGUUUGCGCAAGCAUGCCAACAAGAUGGAGUUGCUCGCCGAGCAAGGUCGCGUGUUGUACCUUGAGGCUGCCUCGGGAAGUCGCGCUGAAGCCAUCACACAUGAGCCCAUGUGGGGCACAUGGACCAUGGACCGAUUUGUACGCGCACUUGCGAGUCUCUCUAUGCAAUACAGUGUGUCUACGGUUCACUUAGCUGGCCUCGUCGAUCAACUUCAGCAGGGUCAUCCCAGCGCGCCGGACGAGUCUGCGGCGUCCGCACCUAGGCUGACCUCGACGAAGAAGACCUCUGCCACAGAUACCCCUCAAACUACGACCGCCUCUUCACCGCAUCGACAGGCUCUCGAAGCCUUUGUGCGACUACCAUACCUACAUGCCUCUGGCAUCUCAUCCAAUGCGCCAUCCUUUGGCGCUGAUGCAGAGCUGGUCACAGGCGUGAGCCGCCAUUUUUUAGAGCAUAUUUGCGAGACGGAGGUCCGUAGCUUUGCAUAG